AUGAGUUCAGCAAGUAGAGCUUGGUUGGCAGCAGCUGCUAUUGGAGGUGUUGAGGCCUUGAAAGACCAAGGCUUCUGUAGGUGGAACUACACAUUGAGAUCUCUACACCAACAUGCCAAGAACCAUGUCAGAUCAGUCUCUCAGGCCAAGAAGCUUUCUUCUUCAUCUUCUGCAACGAUUUCGAGUAAAGUCAAGGAAGAGAAGGCAAAGCAAUCAGAGGAGUCUUUAAGAAAAGUCAUGUAUUUGAGCAGUUGGGGUCCUUACUAA